GAGCACCCUCUGCGCAUGCGCAGGUCCAUUCGGGAAUUACUGCCCUGCCGCCGACUAAGUUGCAUUCCUUGAAUCUUCGCCGAAAAGACAAUUCUUUAAUCAGAGUUAGUAAUGUGGACAGUGCAUAAUCGAGAGAGUCUGGGGCUUCUCUCUUUCCCUGUGAUGAUUGCCAUGGUCUGUUGUGCACACAGCGCCAAUGAGCCCAGCAACAUGUCAUACGUGAAAGAGACAGUGGACAGAUUGCUCAAAGGAUAUGACAUUCGCUUGCGGCCGGACUUUGGAGGGCCCCCCGUGGACGUCGGGAUGCGGAUCGAUGUCGCCAGCAUAGACAUGGUUUCCGAAGUGAACAUGGAUUAUACACUCACCAUGUAUUUCCAGCAGUCUUGGAAAGACAAAAGGCUUUCUUAUUCUGGAGUCCCGCUAAACCUCACACUAGACAACAGGGUAGCCGACCAACUCUGGGUACCAGAUACGUACUUUCUGAAUGACAAGAAAUCAUUCGUGCAUGGGGUUACAGUGAAAAACCGAAUGAUCCGGCUGCAUCCUGAUGGAACAGUUCUGUAUGGGCUCCGAAUCACAACCACAGCUGCGUGUAUGAUGGAUCUCCGAAGAUAUCCUCUGGAUGAACAAAACUGCACUCUGGAGAUUGAAAGUUAUGGCUAUACUACUGAUGACAUCGAGUUUUACUGGAAUGGAGGAGAGGGAGCAGUAACCGGAGUAAAUAAAAUUGAGCUUCCUCAGUUUUCAAUUGUCGACUACAAGAUGGUGUCCAAGAAGGUGGAGUUCACAACUGGGUCAUAUCCACGACUAUCACUAAGUUUCCGUCUAAAGAGAAACAUCGGUUACUUCAUUUUGCAGACCUAUAUGCCUUCCACACUGAUUACAAUUCUGUCCUGGGUGUCUUUUUGGAUCAACUAUGAUGCUUCUGCAGCCAGAGUCGCACUAGGAAUCACCACGGUGCUGACAAUGACAACCAUCAGCACUCACCUCAGGGAGACCCUGCCAAAGAUCCCGUAUGUCAAAGCAAUUGAUAUUUACCUGAUGGGUUGCUUUGUGUUUGUGUUCCUGGCUCUGCUGGAAUACGCCUUUGUAAAUUACAUCUUCUUCGGAAAAGGCCCCCGGAAAAAGGGAGCUGGCAAACAAAACCAGAGUGCCAAUGAUAAGAACAAACUGGAGAUGAAUAAAGUCCAGGUCGACACCCACGGCAACAUUAUCCUCAGCACCCUGGAAAUCAGGAACGAGACGAGCGGCUCGGAAGUGCUUACGGGCAUGAGCGACCCCAACACCACCAUGUACUCUUACGACAGCGCCAGCAUCCACUACCGCAAGCCCCGGGCCACCCGCGAGGCCUACGGGCACCCGCUGGACCGCCACGCGCACGGCAAGGGGCGCAUCCGCAGGCGCGCCUCGCAGCUCAAAGUCAAGAUCCCCGACUUGACUGAUGUGAACUCCAUAGACAAGUGGUCCCGAAUGUUUUUCCCCAUCACCUUUUCUCUGUUCAACGUCGUGUAUUGGCUUUACUAUGUACACUAAGGUCUGUCCUAAGGGUUCGGAAACGACUGCUUUCCGCUUUUGAGUUUUAACCCCACAGGUCCCCAGCAGCGAGACUGCUGUGUUUUUGAGGUAAGAGAUUCAGCCAUCUAAUUGGUUUUAGGUCUUGCAUAUCAAUUUUAUUACUGCACCAUGUUUACUUCAAAAAAGGAAAACAACAACCCUCUUUUUUUCCAGUCUACUGUGGUCCAGGUUAUCAGCUCUUUCGAGCUCUAUAAUUGCCAUGUUUACAAACACCCUCGAAGAGAGACGUUAGAUAGGCAGCUCUUGAGCAGUCCUUCCUAGUUGCCCUGGAUUUUAUCGCUUCAUUUUUAAAAUAAGAAUGAAAAGAGGGCCUAGUUCUCUGUGCAAGCUGCUUCCUGGUAAACUGUAACAGUCUCAUACUGCCAAAAACAACAACACAAUUUCCAGGAUCUCAGAAGAAAAAAACACACAAAGCCAUUGACCAGUUACAGAUUUCCAGGAAGGAAACAAAGAGGAGCCUAGAAGAGAAAGACUCCUCCCACCCCUAAUUCUCUCAGCAGGGUUCUCAGCUCAAGGAAGAGGGGGGAGGAUUGGCAGGCACUGGUGGAGGUCAUGCAAACCCAAUCUUGCCAGUUUCACCUCCCCAUUGAGCCGGACAUUCUGAAAAAUAUUCUUUCUCAGACUUCCUGGCUGAUUUAAAAUUAACAUUAGACUCCACCCUGGUAACCAUUGAGAACAUUUUUCCUUUCUUCUUGAGAAUGAGGAGUUUGGGGGUUAAUGACUUUUUUUUUUUUUUUUAACUAUUUCAAAUGAACAGCCCUGAACUCAUUCAUUAGCCUGGAAUCACUUGACGCUGACAUGAAGCCAUGCCAUCACAUUUCCCUGGUUCCUGCUCCAGAGAGAGUGAGAGGAAGGGGGGUGGGAGAAGAGGGCUUCAAAGAUGGGGAUCGUGAGCAAUUUUUGCUUCAGAAAAAUAUUGCUCUUUCCAUGAAGAAGGCAAGACUUAUCUGCUGUGAAAAGGGUGCCUGGGCAGUUACCUGAACUGCCAAAUCUUAAAUCAAAUAGUAUAUAUUUCUUAAGCCUUCCAGAGAGCAGUUUCUAAUGGUGAUAGGCUAGUUGCACCAGCGUCAACUGGCCCCUUAUGGCUCUGCUCUCUGAGCUCUGCAUUCCAAAAUAGGAAACGAUUGCUUCAGGAAAUGCGCAUUGCACCCAUUUUGGUGUCAGACUUCUCUGAGGCCAGAUUUCUAUUUUAAAGGAAACCUUCAAAAGGGCAAAACCACAGAUAACAACAAUGACAAACUCACUGGGCCUUCAAACAUUUACACCAGACCCUAGCUACACUCAUUAAUCGCUGUCAUCACUGCUCUGCCUUAUCUCUGUUCAUAGGUUGCUUUGGUCAUGGUCAUCAUAGGAGGGGCGUCUCUGAGUAGCCCAACACAUGAUUCUAAAUCGCUCUAACCAGCUGCAGAUGAGACUCAUACCAUUUAUGUCAUUAAAGACCCAUUGCUUUUUUUUUUUUCUUUAGCUGAGCAUCAAAGAAUUCUGUAUCUUUAUUUGCAUGGUUGUGUGAGACCCUGAGUUUACCAAUGAAUUAUGGAGGCGAUUGGGACCUACUCCUUGGGUGUAAAAUAAGGGUUGAGGAAAUAAUAGGAUGAUUGCCUCACUUAAAGACCUGGCUUUCUUCCUAAGGCUGUGAUGAGGGUCCAUGUUUACAAUAGCAUCAGCUGCUAGAAAUUAUAGUCUGCGUUGAAAGGUAAGGCUGAAUUCCUAUCGAUGAGCCCAAGGAGAGAGAGUUGUAAGAUAUUCUUCUAGAAAGCAAGAGGAAAAGAGAAUCCCAGAAUAAAUGAAUGGUUAUGGCUGUAGUCAAUAUCCGCUAGUAAAAAUGUAAAAACUCUGCUUUAACUGGGAAAAUUGUCUCAAUGGUUUCAUAAGAAAUUAAUAAGGUUACGGGGACCAAAUUUUCA